AGGCAAAACUACUCGUUGACUAAUAUUCGCUACUCAACCAGAAGCUGCAGUUUUACAAUAUUGCUAGUACAAUUAAUGUGAUUGACUGACGUCAUUAACAACGACCGUCUCCUUUUGGUUGGCGGGAAUUAUGUUCAUGUCAAGAUUUUUUGGUGCGUUAGCUAGCGGUCAUAGAAAACUUGGCGGUGACAACACUGGAAAAAAUCCAUUAGUGCAACUAACGUGGACAUUGAAAAAAAUGACUGACGAAGUAUACGAGGACCCGUCUGUGUACGGAAAUCUUCUCCAGCAGACAGCGAACCACACAGAAGCACCCGCCGACCCAAGAAAUGUCGACAGUCCGCUGGCUUCCCCCAGAUGUGGACAGAAAUACUGCGCGGGGCAGGCCCCCCUAGAGUCCUCCUCCCCCUCUUACUGUAACAUCAGCAGAACGCAUGACAAGUUUGAACUAAUUGAGCAGCAGCUUCAGAACCUUCUGAAUAAGGCCGAUGAGUUCCAGGCACACCUUGUGUACAGGCAUGACCAUCUGCUGAAAGAGGGCCUGGAGAUGGUGGUCCCUACGUUUCUGCGUUCGUGCCAGCCUUACUUUACCUACCUGGAGUCCACAGCGCGCAGCUCCAUGCCACAGCGGGCACCACUGCCCGCUUACAUCCGCACCCGGCUGUUGGACUUCUCUCAGCAGCUGAGCAGCCGUCUGGAACAGCUCGUGUUGAUGUACGCCUCCUUCAAUUUCCUGUCCCUGGAGGAAACGGACCCCCUGAGCGUCUCCCACUUCUACGUGGGCCAGUGCCAGAUGGACCGCACCACGGUGUCGGCGUUCCGGUACUGCCGCCCCGCCCCUUUCGGGCCGCGCUCGGGCCGCAGCCUCUACAAACGCAUGCGCUGGAACGUGGAGAGACAGAGAGAGCGGCCGGGAGGAGAGAGAGAGAGAGACCCGGAGGAGAGGGCAGAGCGAGGGGGAGGAGAGGGCAGCACCGAGUAUUAUUUCCUGUGCUACGAGGACGUGCCGGAGCAGGAGAGCGAGGGGGAGGCUGAGAGAGAGGGCGAGCGAGGCCCGGGGACACAGUGCUGUGCGAGCAGGUCCUGGUCCAUUGGACAGUGGAUCCAGACAGAUCCCGACCCCGAGGAGGAGGACAUUUACGACUGGGUGCUGUGCUCUGCGCCGUUGGGACAGUAUAAACUUCUGCUCUGCCUGGGUAAGGAGGAACCCUCAGUCUGCCAUGCCACAGACUGCCUGCUGGGGGCGCUGUUGCUACAGGAGGGCCAAGGGAAUGGUGCAGUGACCACAUGAAGAGACUCACUGGAGAACACGCACAUGCACACACACACGCACAC